AUGGCAGAACCAAAUUUCAAAGGAAAGACGAUGAAGAGGAAGAAUGUCAAGGGUCUCGCCCUCAGCGCUCCACCACCCAAGCCAGCACCUUCGUCUGGUGAUGCCCAAAUACCCGGUGCCCGCGCCAACGACGAGAAGCAGGACACGCUAGAAAUCGGCGUUGAAUUCCAGCUAGACCUCAAGGCAGAGGAUUUGAUAGUGCUGCGGGAACUGGGCUCAGGAAACGGAGGAACGGUCAGCAAGGUGCAGCACGCUGCCACCAAGGUCAUAAUGGCGAGAAAGGUCAUACAUGUCGAGGCAAAGAACGAGGUCCGGAAACGAAUUGUACGAGAACUCCGCAUUAUGCAUGACUGCAACUCAGAUUACAUUGUCGACUUUUACGGCGCUUUCCAAAAUUCAUCGGGCGAUGUCAUAAUGUGCAUGGAAUACAUGGACGUGGGCUCGCUCGAUUGGGUCUCCCGAACAUUUGGACCGGUUCGAGUCGACGUACUCGGAAAGAUCUCAGAAGCUGUGCUCGGCGGUCUCGCCUACCUAUACAGCGCACAUCGCAUCAUGCACCGCGAUCUUAAGCCGUCAAACAUUCUCGUAAACUCAAAGGGCAAUAUCAAGCUAUGCGAUUUCGGUGUAUCAAGUGAACUGGAAGGAUCCAUCGCCGAGACGUUCGUAGGAACUGGCACGUACAUGGCACCAGAGCGGAUACAGGGAUCGCCCUACACUGUCAAAUCAGACGUGUGGAGUGUUGGUCUUACGCUCAUGGAGUUGGCUAUUGGCAAGUUUCCAUUUGCUGGAAGCGGCGACGACGACGAGGCCGGGGGUCCCCAGGGUAUUCUCGACCUUUUGCAACAGAUUGUCUUGGAGCCUUCGCCCAAGCUUCCCAAGAGCGACGCCUUCCCUUCAAUUCUGGAAGACAUGAUUGCCAAGUGUUUGAUGAAGGAUCCAGCGGAGCGACCUACGCCCAAGGAACUAUACGAUCACGACGCCUUCCUCCAAGCCGCAAAACGCACUCCCGUCGACCUAGAAGCCUGGGCCAUUUCCAUGAUCGAGCACAACAAACGCAAAUCGCACCUCGCCCCCGCUGCCCCGGCCGCAACCAUCAAAGAGAAGCUGCGCGAGCGCUCACCUCCUCACAAGCGCGAAUCCAGCGACCCAAGGCAAAGAGUCGCCAACGGUGACGCUGAAGCACCCCGCCGCCCCUCAUACCCCAGCCGAUCCUCCAGCAGCAACAACGUCAUGAACCUACCCAUGCGGCCCGCUCCCUCCGUAGACGGCUCCAACAGCAGACCCGGAAGCAGGGGCCCCUCUGCAAAUGGUCUCCCAGCCCAACCCCGGCGGUGGAACAACGAGGUCCAAUAA